CUAAAUUUUUUUUAAUAAAAAACAGUGGUUGAAAAACAUUUUCAUUAGAGAGAGAGAGUGUGUGUCUUUUUGUAGAGAGAGAGAGUCAUGGAGACUGCGAUACGAGGGAGAUUAACCCUCUCACCAAACACUAUCUUUAAUCCUAAACCAGGGGAUAAACAAUCUCUUUGCAAAGGACCAUGCGCCAAUCGUGGCAUUCUCAUGGCUAUAUCAACCGCAGGACCAGGUAAAGGAGCAGGAAUUUUGGAGAAGCCAGUUAUAGAGAGAACCACUCCUGGUCGUGAAUCUGAGUUUGAUCUGAGGAAAUCAAGAAAAAUAGCCCCACCUUAUCGAGUCAUACUGCACAACGACAACUACAAUAGACGGGAAUAUGUAGUCCAAGUACUGAUGAAAGUCAUCCCUGGAAUGACCCUUGACAAUGCUGUUAAUAUCAUGCAAGAAGCACACUAUAAUGGUUUGUCAGUGGUGAUUAUUUGUGCUCAGGCUGAUGCUGAAGAACACUGCAUGCAUUUAAGGGAGAAUGGACUUCUGAGUUCAAUUGAACCAGCAAGUGGAGGUUGCUAAAGACAGAGACAACCUAAUAGACCAUUUGGUUUAUCACUGUUAAAUAUACCCUUUUUAGAGUGCUUGAUGCUGUAUAUCUCAGUAGUGCUCUUAUUGUAUGUAUGAUCCCUGGACAAUACAUCCCCUAUGGUCAAAUUAAAGACGAGAGGAUGGUACUGAUUUUGAAUAAAGGUGGCUCUAUUUACUAUUUUCUCUA